GUGUUUGUGUGUGUGUGUGUAUAUAUAUAAAAAUAAAGUUAGUGAUUAAAGUGAAUUUCAGCAGGUUAGUGUUGAGUGUGUUAAGAUUUUUCGUGAUCUAUUGCAGUUUGUUGUGCAGCCUGACAUCAGCGGGAAGGAAGUAAUAUCCAUAUUUCAUUAUCCAUAAAACAAUAUCCAUAUCUUACUUUUAAUUCAUAGAGUUAUCCUUCCCGAUUGUUUAGCAUUGACAAUAGUAUAGUAUAUGACUAAUUCAACACUGCAUCUUUGCUAUUGUGGUGAAAAAAAUAAUCCUUUAUUCGUCCCGCAGUGGGGAAAUGUACAGGGUGACAGCAGCAACGGGUAAAGUGUCAAACAAGAUCAAAACAAGUACUUUUUAAAUAAGCAUCAAGCAAUUUCUAACACUUGGCAACGGCUUACCUUCUCAGCUCACAUGUCGGCUGCAUUUUGAACAGUUGACUUCAGCUGGCUGCAAGUCUUAAUUAUGCACACUACAAUUGUGUCAAACACCAAAAGAUGAUGACUUGGUUUCUUUGGGCUGAUUUGAGCUUUCAUUAUAGAAAACAUAUAUGUCUGCAAAAUUGGUUUCACCUUCGCCUCAGCGUCAUCCUUUCUGCUUCCUCUCACGGGAUAUUGUUCGGGUGUUUUCAGAGCACGUGCAAUUAUCAUCUCAUUACAAACUAAUACAUGCUGUACCACACACACACACACACACGGGAGUGACAGUCAUCACCCAUACUCUCCAUUCGAAGUGGAAUAAAUUCGGCCGCGGGUCUAAUCUCGGUGGGAUGUGAUGAGACGGCGCUCUGAUUUGUUUGUUUUGGCUCUCAUGGCGACGUAAACCCGCAGCUGGACUCGAGCGCUGAAUUAAAUAUGGAUUACAAUACACAGAGACACUCGAGCAGAUGCUGCACGUGUGUUUAGGAUGGUGGGUGCCAAAAAAAACGUGAACAAAAAGGAUUGAAAAAAAUCAUCCAUAAAACAGAUUAUUGAAGCACAAUAUUUAGAUAAUAAAAAAACCAAAAAGAGGAAGUGAAGUUCUGGCAAGAGCGACAAAUCUAACAAAAAUGAAACGUCUUUUUGUAUCUGUCAGAUUGUUUCACUGGCUGCACCCUGACACUAUCGUCUGUUCAGCCUCUCUCCCCCCACCCCCCCUACCCAUCCAGCUCCUCCUCAACCUGUGGCCUAUUUAUACCCUGGAGACUCAAAAGAGCCCAUUAGAGCGCCGCAGACCUCUCCAAGCACAAGAGACGCCAGUGAGCAUGGAUCCCCGGGCGGUCGGAUCUCCAGCCUCGGCGCCCUCUCUCUGACGGCGGGCGCAAAAAGGAAACCGACGUUAAGCUUUACCUGCUGGACUUUGUAAAAUACCGAGAAACCUGGAUGUCCGUCAAGCGGCAGACGACACACUGAUACUCCGUUGCGGAGCGGACGUCUGAAUGCAGCGUGAGCUCGGGUCCUCGGACUGGAGGCUGUCUCCCAUUUCGCUGUUUUCCAAGCAGCCCUGACAUUUGGGCCAGGACACUGACAUCGCACAUCGAAAGUCCUCCACCAGCCUCAGCCAUGAGUUAAGCCCAGGCUGAGCCCCCUGGGAGCCCCCUUGCAGGAUGACUGCUGUCUGGCCGUCCGAGAGCAGCCCGGAAGGGGCUGAGGCCGGGGCCAGGACAGCAGGCGCCAGGGGCCCAGGGGCAGCGAGCACCGCCGGGAGCGUCUCAGUUUCCGGGCCAGAGACCGGGGGGACAAAUGGGGAGUCUGGUUCGGGUGGAGGCACGGCCGUGGUCGGCGGCGGCGCGAGGCACACGCACUGGAGCCGCCAGGACGGCUCCGACAUCAACACCGACGACGAGGGAGCCGCCGUCUGCCGCCUCACGCCACUGGAACGGCUGAACCUGGAUAUGUGCCAGGAUGAUAGGGUGGUGCGCGAGCUAACGGUGGGCAGACGGAUCGGCUUCUACAAAAUUCGGGGAGAGAUCGGCUGCGGGAACUUCUCCCACGUCAAGCUCGGAAUCCACGCACUCACCAAAGACAAAGUGGCCAUAAAGAUCCUCGACAAAACCAAGCUGGACCCGAAGACCCAGCGGCUGCUGUCCAGAGAGAUCUCUAGCAUGGAGAAACUGCACCAUCCCAACAUCAUUCGCCUCUAUGAGGUGGUUGAGACGUUGUCACGCUUGCACCUGGUGAUGGAGUACGCAGGCGGAGGGGAGCUCUACACCAAGAUCAGUACCGAGGGGAAGCUCUCUGACACCAAUAGCAGGAUCGUCUUCGCUCAGAUCCUCUCUGCCGUGAAGCACAUGCAUGAAAACGACAUCAUCCACCGAGACCUGAAGGCGGAAAACGUCUUCUACACCAGCGGCUCCUGCGUCAAGGUGGGCGACUUUGGCUUCAGCACGCUGAGCCGCCGCAGCGAGACCCUCAACACGUUCUGCGGCUCUCCGCCGUACGCGGCGCCCGAGCUCUUUCGGGACGAGCACUACGUCGGCGUCUUCGUGGACAUCUGGGCCCUGGGGGUGAUGCUGUUCUUCAUGGUGUCGUGCACCAUGCCGUUCCGGGCCGACACCGUGCCCAAGCUGAAGCGGUGCAUCCUGGAGGGAGCCUACAUCCUGCCCUCGUGGGUGCCAGAGGCCUGCCAGAGGCUGAUCCGGGGAAUCCUCCAGCCCGUGCCGUCCGACCGCUGCACGGUGGAGCAGAUGAUGGGCUGCGAGUGGCUGCUCCCCGUGGACUUCCCGUGCGCCAUGGAGCCCUUCAAACUGGACCCGUCCUACCUAGCGGAGAGCGAUCCGUCCGAACUCGGGGGCGAAGAGGUGGAGGUGAAAGCGGCGCUGGAGACGCUGGGAAUCAGCGCGGAACACAUCCUCAACAACCAGGGGAAAGACUGCAGGAGCUCCAUCACCGGGUGCUACAGGAUCCUGCUGCACCGCGGGCACAAGAAACGGGCGGCGGAGCGGGCGGCGGAGCGGGCGCCCGCGGUCAAGCAGGUCGUCAGACCUACGGCAAAGAGUAAAAAAGAACGGCUGAACGUGUACCGCAGCUUGAGGCACACAUCCAAACUCUGUGUGAUUCUGUGACCAAGUGCUCGGCUUCGCUCUGGGAAUUAAUGAGCUUUAUAGUCCAGGGCGAGAAUGCCUUUAUUAGGACAUAAAAAGAAACUAGCUAUUCAGUACAGCAGUUUACAUUUAAAUCAUGGUGAAACAGCCCACUGAGCUUCUGAAAUCUGGGAUUUCUUACUUUAGUAUCUUUCUUCUAGUAAGUAAUAUUAGUCUCUGUGAGAAUGUCGAUGCAGCUGAAUCACUGUUGUCUCUCUUUUGGGCAGGGACCUAUAAUACUGAUGAGAUAUGGAAAUGUCAUGUAUAAAUAAUGAUUAGAUGGCAAAUAUAACUUUUUUUUAUCUGUGUCACGCAGGCCAGAUAUUUCUAGCCUAUACGCUCAUUCGAUGCUCAGGUGUGCUGUAAAACACCAAUAAGCCCUAUAUGAGAACUCCAUGUAGCUUACACCUAAAGGCAAAGAGUUAGAACUUCACAAAAUGAUGCAGAGUUGAUAAAGUGGUGAAGCAGUCCGGACAUGAAACGUGGCGUCUUCGAGUUCAAUUGCACUUUUCUUCGACGCCUUAGGUUUCUUAAUGUUGUGAAAUCAGCCAGACAGGUUUCAUUACACUCCUUAUUGUUUCUGAUAACAUGAGUAGAGAAUUAUAAUAUGCGUUACAAUGAUUUACCUGAAUGACUAUUUUUACCUGUGGCCUGAAAAAGCCGAUAAUUGUCAUUAAACUACAAAUAUCAACACACCAACCACAAAGUUAUUAGUUGUUCAUGUGGCAAAAUCCAUUUUCCAGAUAAACUCGGAUAUUUUUUCGGUAUGCGUUUCAGUAAUUAUCAUUUUUGUAUGAUCUGAUGUCAUGUUCAUGUGUUGAUUGAAAUAAAUGUAAAACAUUUAAAUGCA